GGUGUUUACGCCUACAGCAGCUCCAAGAUGGCGGCCGGAGACAACGGCGGCAGGCUGCCCUGCCUCAGCUUCUCCGGGCCCGGGGCUCUGGGAAACAGCCAGCCCAGCAACAGCGUCUUCUCCAUGCCCGUCUCCAACAGCGGCGCGGUGGCUGGAGCCGGCGGGGCGCAGGGAGCCGCGAGGCGGCCCAACCCGCAGCUGGGGCCCGUCGGGGGAGACGGUGUGUCGAGCGGAGCUCCGCAGAACCCGCAGCAGCAGCAGCUGCAGCUGCAGCAGCAGCAGUCCGCCGCAGCUGCAGCUGCAGCCAUGUCCAGCCCCGCGUCCAACAUGGCAGGAGCGCCGUCCAACGCCGCCCAGGCGGCACCAGCCGCCACCCCGGCCCCCGCGUCCGUGCUGGUGUACCGGGAACCGGUGUACAACUGGCAGGCCACGAAGAGCACCGUGAAGGAGAGGUUCGCCUUCCUCUUCAACAACGAGGUGCUCAGUGAUGUGCACUUUCUGGUGGGAAAAGGCAUGGGCGUGCAGAGGAUACCGGCGCACAGGUUCGUCCUGGCUGUGGGCAGCGCAGUGUUUGAUGCCAUGUUCAACGGUGGGAUGGCGACGACGUCCACGGAGAUUGAGCUCCCAGAUGUGGAACCAGCUGCGUUUCUGGCCCUGCUGAAGUUUCUGUACUCUGAUGAAGUACAGAUUGGGCCUGAAACUGUGAUGACAACCCUCUACACAGCCAAGAAAUAUGCGGUCCCAGCCCUGGAAGCUCACUGUGUGGAAUUCCUGAAGAAAAACCUCAGAGCAGACAACGCUUUCAUGCUGCUUACACAGGCUCGAUUGUUUGAUGAGCCACAGCUUGCCAGCCUUUGUUUAGAGAAUAUUGAUAAGAACACUGGAGAUGCUCUCGCUGCUGAGGGAUUCACAGAUAUAGAUCUCGAUACACUGGUGGCAGUGUUGGAGAGGGACACACUCGGCGUGAGAGAGGUGCGUUUGUUUGGAGCCGCCGUGCGUUGGAGUGAGGCCGAAGCUCACAGGCAGCAACUGCAGCCCACACCAGAGAACAAACGUAAAGUCCUGGGAAAAGCUCUCACCCUCAUCCGCUUCCCUCUCAUGACUAUUGAGGAGUUCGCUGCAGGUCCAGCCCAAUCUAAUAUUUUGACAGACAGAGAAGUGGUGAGUCUCUUCCUCCACUUCACAGUAAACCCCAAGCCCCGCGUCGAGUUCAUUGACCGGCCUCGCUGCUGUCUCCGUGGGAAAGAGUGCAGCAUCACACGUUUUGGUCAGGUGGAGAGCCGCUGGGGCUACAGCGGGACAAGCGACCGCAUACGGUUCUCUGUAAACAGAAGGAUAUUUGUGGUUGGAUUUGGACUUUAUGGCUCCAUACAUGGACCUACAGACUACCAAGUUAACAUACAGAUCAUUCACACAGACAGUAACACAGUCCUGGGGCAGAACGACACAGGCUUCAGCUGUGAUGGGUCAGCCAACACCUUCAGGGUCAUGUUCAAAGAGCCAGUGGAGAUUCUACCCAAUGUCAACUACACUGCCUGUGCUACACUUAAGGGGCCGGACUCUCACUAUGGGACGAAGGGAAUGCGAAAGGUAACACAUGAGUCAUCAUCUACUGGCACAAAGACCUGUUUCACCUUCUGCUACGCAGCAGGCAACAACAACGGCACUUCAGUAGAAGACGGACAGAUCCCUGAGGUCAUCUUCUACACAUAGUCACUUCAGACAUUGCAGCACUCUUCCAUCAAAUGUGACACCGGGCAGCAGCGCGGGGCCACACCUGAGCAGCCAUACCUGGGACUGAUCUGUCUGACUUCAUACCGUUCCUCCCACGUGUUAGUUAGGAGCUGAGGAGCUUCAGUGCAUGUGGGCGAGGCCUGUCAUUUGAGAUUUCAUCUCUCCUUUUGUGUUGUAAGAAUUCCAGCCUCCGAAAAUGACUGAAAGUAGCGCCACAAGGAAGGAAGGAAGGAAGGAAGAAAGGGAGGGAGGAGUCUCUCAGAUUAUUCAGUCUUGACGUCUGCUUUGGAUUGGUGACAUCAGGCUUGACACUGAAUUCUACUUAAACUGUAUGAUUUUUCUUCAUGUCUCUGUCAUCAUUAGUGCAAAGGAGAGCCACAACUGCAUGAAGAUGCAGUUUGUCAGAUUUGCCAAAAUAAGAUCCUCAUCAGCAUUUAGUGCAGACUAGUUUAUUAUCUCAGCUCCACAUAAGCUCCAACUUACAGACCCCAUAGACUUUGUAAGAUAUUUGCAAAUUUGAACCAAACUUCACAUUAAUCUCAAGAAUACGAUGGUGAGCAAUUUCCCAGUUUAUACUCAACAGUACAAUAUGUGAUAUUCUUUGUCUCCUUGCUUGGUAGUUGCCUAUACCCAAGAGACCUUGCACUUCUUGGCCUUGUAUGUGUUUAUUUGGUCGCUCUAUGAAUGCACACUAACUCUUCAGAAAUGUUUUCUUUCUUUCUUUUUUUUUGAGCUUUGUUUUAAAAGGUGUGGGUGCAAGAGAUUUCCCACUCGGCAGAUCUUAAAGAGGUGUAUAUUAAAGUGGCAUUUAUUAACAUUAUAUAUGUAAUUUUGAAUUAAGUAUCAAUUAAAACUAUAGAAAAAAGCAUUGUGGAUC